AUGGCCCCUGAGUCUUGCCAAGAGGCUGAAGGAGCCGAGAAAGAGGCUUCCUUAUCCCUGGUGGACCAAGAGCCAGUCAAUGGCCACCUGGAGCCUCCAGCUGGCACACCCCAAGAAUCAGUGGCUCCCACAUGCCCACAGGACACCAAGCCCAGCUCUCCCCGGGUGGUCUUCUCUGUUAACCUGCAGUCGGCCCCUGAGUCCCUGGACCCUCGAACCCUGCGGCUGCUGUGGGGUCAACGGGGACUAGAGAUCCAGGCCCUGCGGUGGGCCAUCCAGAACCACCAGGAUGCCCGGCAUUGCCACGUCCUGCACGAGGUGGCUGGACUUCCACCCAAGAGGAGCGCAUGCAAUCGGGAAAAGUUCCUGCAGAACCAGGUCCAAAAGCUGACUCUGGAGUUGAAAGAACAGAAGGAACAGGCCCAGCUGGAGAAGUCCCAGCUGGAGGAACGUCUGCUGCAGACCGUGACCACAAUGCAGCAGCUGGAGGCUGAGCUGCAGGCCUUCCAGAAGUCCUGCCUCCUGCAGCUGGCCCGCUCCUCCUGGGUGGGUCGCAUACUACGAUCUUCCACCGGCAGUGUGGAGGUGGUAACUGCAGAAACCCUCAUGGACUUCAGUGACCUCUCUGAGAGUGAACAGGGCCCCUCCACUGGGGAGGGUUUCCGGCUGGAGGACGUGGACUGGAACAGCAUUGCCCAGCGGUAUCCCAACCUCUUCAUCAACAUCGAGUCCAGCUCAGACCAAAAGCACCCACGACCCCUGCCACCCCCACAGUCCCCACUGUUGGACGAGUGGGGCUCGGAGCUGCACAGACAGCACAUGGAACAGCAUCUCAAGAGUGUCGAGUGGAGUUCCCUGCCCUUCGUGGGCACUAGCAGCUCGGGGGGCGCAGACUCCGACUCCAGCAGUGGCCAGCUGGCUGAGCAUUACCGUAUGCAGAAGGUGACAGGACACCCACCCGGCACGCCAGGCCGCAAUUCUUCUGAGCUGACAGAGGCACGCUCGAGGAGCCUCAGCAGGGAAAUGCAGACACAGCCUGAAGGCUCCAGGGUCCAGCCCUCCUGCUCUGGAUCUGACCCCGGGAGCUGUUCCUCUCCCAAGUGCACCCUCAGGGUGCUGCAGAAAGCCCACCAGGACCAGCCUGGCAAGACUGUUCUGAUGAAGGAGUCCUGUGCAGAUCCAGAGCACCCACAUUCCGAGCGCCAUUGGAGCCCAACGGGUUCCUGCCUGAAGAUCGUGGCUGUUAACGGCCGGGAGAGGUUUGUGCGCGUCCUCAACCAGUCGCUGGAGGAGACUGUGGACCUGGGUGGCCUGAUGCUGCAGCAGCACCUGCACGACUUCCCCGUGUGCAUGUAUCGCUUCCCGCUGGGCACGCUGCUGGCGCCGCGGCACCAUGUCACGGUUUGGGGCGAGGGGCCCCGCAGCACCAAGAAGCAGCUGCCCUCUUCCUUGGGCCAGGAGCCCGUGCACUUCCACUCCAGCCGGGGAUAUGUGACUCUCCUCCUGAACCCCAAAGGCGAGGUCCUGAGCAAGCAUCAGGCCCCCCACUGCGUGUCCCCCACCUCGAGGAUCUUCGCCGACAACACCGAUUUGUCCAUAGACCGCUUCUUGCUCUCAGAGGCUGGGCAUGGGGCUGACACCUGCGAGCAGAAGCCUGGGCCUCAACACUCCCACGCGGGCAGGGUGCGGGAAGCCCGGGCCAGACGUCGGAGGCCCAGGACACGAGUCCUCUUCCCCCCGCUGAGCACCAGCAAGAUCUUCCGCCCACGGGAGGUGCCAGCGCAGUCCGAGGCCGCCGAGACCCUCGCGCCGGAGCUCCUGCCGGCCAUCCCCGCAGAGGCUGGGCUGUGCCUCGAGGACUGCCAGGCUAGGAAGGAGCACAGGGUCCGGGUAUGCCGGAAGAGGGUGGACCGGAGCUGCCCGAUGGUGGCGCUGUCGGUGCAGAGCACGGCUGAGAGCAGAUACGGCUUCCGCUUCCUCCCCUGCCCCCCUGUGACUUCUGAUAGUUGCUGGGGAUGCAGAGGCCACAAAGCCUGGGCUCUGGCUUUGGGUCACUGGAUCCCAACCCCAAGGUGGCCCCGGGCCAGGUCCUAA